AUGAGUUUCGUUCAGAGGGUGAUGAAGCGCAUGCCUUCAUCAACACAAUUACCAUUGGAUGAUGUAAAGGAGAAGCCCAAAACCACAUCUAGAUUGGCGUUUUUCAGGCGGCCGCUUCGAUUAAAGGGCAAUUCCAGCAUUUCGAUACCACUCGGCGUAGUUCUAUUAUUUCCAUGUAUUGUCGUUGUAUUGAUUUUGGUGCUUUUUGUUCGCCAUCCUAAAUCGGGUGUGGGAAUUUUAAUGCCAGCUGGAGCACCACCAGCUAUCAGGAGGAUCAGUGAACAACAUGAUAAGGUCUUCGUGACGGGAUGCGCGGAGCCUGAUACCAGUCAACCAAGAGCCAAUGCAGCAUUCGUUGUGCUAGCAAGAAAUAAGGAAUUGGAGGGAGUCAUUCAAUCAGUGAAAUCUAUCGAAAGGCAUUUCAAUCGAUGGUAUCAUUACCCCUACGUUUUCCUCAACGAUCAAGAAUUCAACUCGACAUUCAAAGAAGUCAUUCAAAACUAUACCAGUGCGCCAUGUGAAUUUGGAACCAUCGACCCUAAGCAUUGGGGAUUCCCAGAAUGGAUUGAUCCCAAGGUUGCCAAAGAGGGUAUUGCAAAACAAGGUGAUGCUGCAAUUAUGUAUGGUGGUAUGGAAAGUUACCAUGCCAUGUGCAGAUUUUAUUCAGGAUUCUUUUACAAACAUGAGCUUCUGGCUAAAUAUGAGUGGUACUGGCGACUGGAACCAGAAAUUAAGUAUUUCUGUGAUAUUACAUAUGAUCCUUUCCUUAAGAUGAUCGACUCGAAUAAGACUUAUGGUUUCACUAUUGCCGUUAAGGAAUUGAAGGAAACGGUCCCAAAUAUCUUCCGUUACGCAUCUGCAUAUAAACGAGUCAAUAACAUUACAUCUCAAGGUCUAUGGGAAAUGUUCGUCGAGCCUCCUCCUGAGGAGCCCAAGGAGGUCCCUGAAGAUGAUCCAGCUUAUAAAAGACCAUUACCUGAGGAAAUUCUUCGAGGCGAUCCAUCUCGCGCAUCUUUACCAGAAAUUGAUCCAGAAGCUAUGGAAGGAGAAAAGUACAACAUGUGUCAUUUCUGGUCGAAUUUCGAAAUUGCUAGACUUAGUUGGUUCAGAAGUAAGGAAUAUGAAGACUUCUUCCAAAUGAUGGAUCGCAGUGGUGGAUUUUGGAUGGAGAGAUGGGGUGAUGCACCCAUCCAUUCUUUAGCCGCUGGUGCUCUCCUCGCCCCUCGCGAUAUUCAUUACUUCCGUGAUUUUGGCUAUAGACAUACAACUAUUCAACAUUGCCCAGCAAACGCACCCGCACGUCAAAGAGCGCGCGAACCUUAUCUUGAAAAGACAACAUUAGACGAGAAGAAACGAAAGGAAGAAGAUGAAUACUGGGACAAUUGGGAUCCAGUCAAGGAAAAUGGAGUUGGAUGUAGAUGUAGAUGCGACACGGAUAUUGUGGAUGUAGAGGGCAAACAAGGAAGUUGUUUGGCAGAAUGGGUAGAUGUUGCAGGAGGUUGGGCUAGUCCUUGA